CGCAGCUGGCGGAAAAAAAACCAGCAGCCAUUGCCACCGCUGGCGCCGGGGUGGGGUGGAAGAAGAGGCCACCAGAAGCCCCCUCCUCCUCCCCUCCAUUGCGCUGCUCCAGGCGGACGAGCGCAGGGGAAAGCCCCGGCCUUGGCGCGGCGAAGCUGCUGCCUGCUUUCUAGCAAGCUGGCUGGCUGGCUGAGGCGGCCCCUCCUGCCGCCGUCCCCUCUUUCUCCUCCCCCUCCGGGCUGCGCGCUGGCGACUGGCUCGCCUCCUGAAGCCCCCGCCGGCUCGACCACCGGAGCGAGAGCAGCGGCAGCAGAGCCGAGAGCUGCCUCGGCUACUCUCCUCGCCCUGCUUUCCUUCUUGUUUUUCCCUUCUCUCUCUCUCUUUCCCCGCACCCCGCCUUCCUCCGCUCGGUUUUUGCUCGACGGCAUGGCCCGGCGCAGAGCGGGCGCUGCCUUCCCCGGGCUCUGCCUCGGCGUCCUGCUCGGCAGCCUCCUGCCCUUCGCUUCCCCGCAGCAGCAGCAGCCCGCCCUUCCUCCGCCGAGGGGGAGCGUUUGGUGCCCCAGCCGCUGCCUCUGCUUCCGCACCACCGUGCGCUGCAUGCACCUCAUGCUCGAGAGCGUCCCCGCCGUGUCGCCGCAGACCACCAUCCUGGACCUGCGGUUUAAUAGGAUUAAAGAAAUCCAGCCUGGUGCAUUUAGACGGCUUAAGAAUCUGAACACCUUACUUCUGAACAACAAUCACAUUAAAAGAAUACCUACUGGAGCAUUUGAAGACCUUGAAAAUCUAAAAUAUCUCUAUUUGUACAAGAAUGAAAUCCAGUCAAUUGACAGGCAAGCAUUUAAAGGACUUGCCUCUCUAGAACAACUGUACCUGCACUUUAAUCAAAUUGAAACAUUGGAACCAGAAUCCUUUACCCAUCUUCCCAAACUUGAAAGAUUAUUUUUACAUAACAACAGAAUAUCCCAUUUAAUUCCCGGGACAUUUAGUCACUUGGAAUCUAUGAAACGACUGCGUCUGGAUUCAAAUGCACUUCACUGUGACUGUGAAAUACUGUGGCUAGCAGAUUUGCUGAAGACAUAUGCAGAGUCCGGUAAUGCGCAAGCUGCAGCUACUUGUGAAUAUCCAAGGAGAAUCCAGGGAAGAUCAGUGGCCACAAUAACACCAGAAGAACUUAACUGUGAGAGACCAAGAAUUACGUCAGAGCCUCAGGAUGUGGAUGUUACCUCAGGGAACACCGUUUACUUCACUUGCAGGGCUGAAGGCAAUCCCAAACCAGAAAUUAUUUGGCUUCGGAACAAUAAUGAGCUCAGUAUGAAAACGGAUUCCCGUUUGAACUUGCUCGAUGAUGGCACGCUCAUGAUUCAGAACACUCAAGAGACUGACCAAGGCAUUUACCAGUGCAUGGCCAAAAAUGUGGCAGGAGAAGUGAAAACUCAAGAAGUUACUCUACGCUACUUUGGUUCACCAGCUAGGCCAAGCUUUGUGAUUCACCCCCAAAAUACAGAGGUGCUGGUUGGAGAAAGUGUCACUCUAGAAUGCAGCGCAACCGGUCACCCCCAGCCACGGAUCACAUGGACUAAAGGGGACAGAACUCCUCUCCCAAGUGACCCGCGCAUCACCAUAACUCCGUCAGGAGGGCUUUACAUCCAAAACGUGGAGCAGGAAGAUGGUGGAGAAUAUGCCUGUUUUGCAACCAACAGCAUUGAUAGCAUCCAUGCGACUGCAUUUAUCAUUGUUCAAGCCGUACCUCAGUUUACUGUGACUCCUCAAGACAGAAUAGUAAUUGAGGGACAAACUGUUGACUUCCCUUGUGAGGCCCAGGGAUAUCCACAGCCAGUCAUUGCCUGGACUAAAGGAGGAAGCCAACUUUCUGUAGACAGAAGACACUUAGUCCUAUCAUCUGGAACACUGAGGAUUUCCAGAGUUGCUUUACAUGAUCAAGGCCAGUAUGAAUGUCAAGCUGUUAACAUUGUAGGAUCUCAAAGAGUUGCUGUUCAUCUGACUGUACAGCCUAGAGUAACCCCUGUGUUUGGUAAUGUUCCAAGUGAUAUGACAGUAGUAGUUGGCACAAAUGUGCAGAUUCCAUGCAGUUCUCAAGGAGAGCCUGAACCAGUAAUAACAUGGAAUAAGGAUGGUGUUCAAGUUACUGAAAGUGGAAAAUUUCACGUUAGCCCUGAGGGAUUUCUUACCAUUCGUGAUGUUGGACCAGCGGAUGAAGGCCGUUACGAAUGUGUUGCAAGGAAUACAAUUGGAUAUUCUUCAGUUAGUAUGGUACUAAGUGUAAAUGUUCCUGAUGUCAGUCGAAAUGGAGAUCAGUUUGUAGCAAGCUCAAUUGUUGAAGCAAUUGCUACUGUUGACAGAGCAAUAAACUCAACCCGUACACAUCUGUUUGACAGCCGCCCUCGUUCUCCAAAUGAUCUGCUGGCCUUAUUUCGAUACCCAAGAGAUCCUUACACUGUUGAGCAAGCGAGAGCUGGAGAAAUAUUCGAAAGAACAUUGCAGCUAAUUCAAGAACAUGUGCAAGAUGGUCUGAUGGUUGACCUAAAUGGAACAAGCUAUCACUAUAAUGACCUUGUGUCUCCACAGUAUUUGAAUCUGAUAGCUAACCUCUCAGGCUGCACGGCCCAUAGGCGUGUGAAUAACUGCUCAGAUAUGUGCUAUCACCAGAAAUACAGAACACAUGAUGGGACCUGCAAUAACUUGCAGCAUCCGAUGUGGGGAGCCUCCCUAACAGCCUUUGAACGCUUGCUGAAGUCGGUCUACGAAAACGGAUUUAAUUUGCCAAGGGGCAUUGGAGCUAACCGGCGUUAUAAUGGACACACACUCCCAAUGCCACGCUUGGUUUCAACCACGCUGAUCGGGACGGAAACAAUAACCCCUGACGACCAGUUUAGCCAUAUGCUGAUGCAAUGGGGCCAGUUCCUAGACCAUGACCUGGACUCCACCGUUGCUGCUCUGAGUGAAGCCAGGUUUUCUGAUGGCCAGCACUGCAGCUCCGUUUGUACAAACGACCCCCCGUGUUUCUCCAUCAUGGUGCCGCCCAACGACCCUCGAGUCAGGAACGGAGCGCGGUGCAUGUUUUUUGUGCGUUCCAGCCCGGUGUGCGGAAGCGGCAUGACUUCCCUUCUCAUGAAUUCGGUUUACCCACGAGAACAGAUCAACCAGCUGACUUCCUAUAUCGAUGCAUCCAAUGUGUAUGGCAGUUCGGAUCACGAGGCACAAGAAAUCAGAGAUUUGGCAAGCCACAGGGGGCUUCUGAGACAGGGCAUUGUGCAGAGAUCUGGGAAGCCUCUUCUCCCAUUUGCUACCGGCCCACCAACUGAAUGUAUGCGGGAUGAGAAUGAGAGCCCAAUUCCUUGCUUCUUAGCCGGCGACCAUCGCGCCAAUGAACAGCUGGGACUCACCAGCAUGCAUACCUUGUGGUUCAGAGAACACAACAGGAUUGCCACAGAGUUGCUGAAACUCAACCCACACUGGGACGGCGAUACAAUUUAUCACGAAACACGCAAGAUUGUGGGUGCAGAAAUGCAACACAUAACGUACAGCCACUGGCUGCCUAAGAUUUUAGGAGAGGUAGGAUUGAAGAUGCUUGGCGAAUAUAAAGGUUACGACCCCAAUAUUAAUGCUGGAAUAACUAAUGAAUUUGCAACUGCCGCUUUUAGGUUUGGUCACACGCUGAUCAAUCCCAUACUGUAUCGGUUGGAUGAAAACUUUGAGACUAUUCCACAAGGCCACAUACCUCUUCAUAAAGCGUUCUUCUCCCCGUUUCGGAUUGUAAACGAAGGAGGCAUUGACCCGCUUCUAAGGGGUUUAUUUGGUGUCGCUGGUAAGAUGCGUGUAACAUCGCAGUUGCUCAAUACGGAAUUGACAGAGAGGCUUUUCUCCAUGGCUCGGGCAGUAGCGUUAGAUCUGGCCGCAAUGAAUAUUCAAAGAGGUAGAGAUCACGGAGUACCACCUUACCACGAUUUUAGAGUUUACUGUAACCUUUCUUCGGCUCACACGUUUGAAGAUUUGAAAAAUGAAAUCAAGAAUCCUGACAUCAGAGAGAAACUCAGGAGGUUAUAUGGUUCACCACUGAACAUAGAUUUGUUUCCUGCUCUUAUGGUGGAAGAUUUAAUUCCUGGUAGCAGAUUGGGACCAACGCUGAUGUGUCUCCUGAGCACACAGUUUAAGCGUCUCCGAGAUGGGGACAGGUUAUGGCAUGAGAAUCCAGGUGUGUUUACUCCAUCUCAGUUGACUCAGAUCAAGCAGGCAUCCCUUGCCAGAAUUCUGUGUGACAAUGGUGACAACAUAACCAGAGUGCAACGUGAUGUUUUCAGAGUGGCUGAGUUCCCACAUGGAUAUGGAAGCUGCGAUGAAAUUCCUAAAGUAGAUCUCAGGAUGUGGCAAGAUUGCUGUGAAGACUGUAGAACUAGAGGACAGUUCAAUGCAUUCUCUUACCACUUUCGAGGAAGACGUUCCCUUGAUUUCAGUUUCCGUGAAGACAGGCCAUCAAAGCACAUGAAAAUGUCAAAAACAAGUUCUGCAAGGGAGAAUAAAUUUUCUAACCUCACCAUCUCAUCCUUUGACGAGCGCAAGAAAGCACCUGUCAUGAAUGACUUCAAAGAAUUUGUUGGUGACAUGCAAAAAACUAUCACAGACCUCAGAAAACAGAUAAAGAAACUUGAAUCACGGCUCAGUAGAACCGAAUGCACUGACGAAAAGGGUAAAUCUUAUUCCAGUAACGAAACCUGGAAAAAAGACCCGUGCACCACGUGCGAAUGCAAAGUUGGCCAGAUAACCUGUUACGUGGAAUCGUGUCCACCGAACGAUUGUGCAACACCUGUGAAGCUUAAAGGAGUUUGCUGUCCUGUCUGCUUAAAACAAACUGUUAGCAAGGAAAAUAAGCUCUAAGCCUGCUUUGCAAUGGUCACAAUACAAGUCAUAUGGAUAUCUGCUGAUGGCAAAAUACAGGUAACAUUAGGCAUAAAACCACAACAGGACGUUUGCAGGACAGCAUUCAAAUGAUGGUGUAACAAUGUAAGGAAAUGUAUUAUUUUACAUGCUUGCCCACUGAAAAACCACCGUGUAAAAGUAUUGAAAGGGAAUACACAGGACAGGACAAUCUUCUCAGGUUCAACAAACUGAAAACUUGGUGCUACUUUUUAAAGACUCCUUUGCCAAGUGGUUUUGAGUCUUAUUAGGCUGGCUUUUAUUUCUCCAUACACUGGCCAAAGGAAGUCAGGAGCCAUUUAUUAGGACGAAGAGGGCCACAGCUUUUGUUUUUAAAAUACUGUGCGGGCCCAGUGUUGAUAGUCUAGCUUGCCUUCUGUCAAAUACCUUGAUGGAGCUAGUUUGUCUUUCUGAGACCCAUAGUCUACUUAUUUAGCUACUCACAUCAUGUCUUUACAGCAUUCACUCAGUAUUUACUCAAUAUUCUGUGGCAGUGCCAAUUCUAAAGGAGGAUGAGGAUGGAGAACACAAAUUUUGCUGUGGUUUUCUCCCGCAUCUCUUUGCAGUAUUAAUAUUCUGUCCUAUCCACUGUCCACAGUUGCCCUUCUUUAUUUCUCUGUUCAAUACCUAGGAGAUGAUUAGAAAUCAUAGGCAUAAAAUAUGUGUUCAGCCUUGCACUGUGUAACAUAAUUCAAAAGUCUGUGUACUCAUGAAAGAAAAGGCACUGCUGCAUUACAACAGCAAUAACAAAAAAGAGGCUGCUCUGACUACUGCACAUUGAGCUAAACCUGAGAUAGGACUUACCUGACUUUUCUGGACACUUCUGGCCUCAUUUGCAGUGUUUGCCCUUGAGAAAAUAUUGUUUGGAUUGGACCAUAGAGGGUUCCUACUGCUUAUCUGAUGUAAUAAAUGGGAUAAAAUGCCCUACCCCUCCAGCACUGCAAACCAUAGGACACUGAAGCAGUACAGUAAUAGCAAAUCCUCUUAUCAGAGCUUAAUUUCUAGGGGUGGGGAAAUACAUUCUAGAACUCAGAUUUCCAAAAGCACCAUCGUCCCAUCUGGAACAUUUAAUGCCUGGGAUAUUUUUUCUAGAAAAAGAGGUGCCGGCAUGAACUCAGCAUGAACGCCUCCCUUGUUCUCUUAAAAUGCCAAUGGCACCCACCUGAGAGGUGCUGGAACUUGAGUUCCAGCUGGGGGAAAAACCCCUACAUAUAGAAAUUCUCUGUAGUUACUCAGUGGUAGCAUUUCCACCUGUUCAAGAUUGCCUUCCCCUGGAAUACUUCAUAUAUCCCCUGCUGCUGCUUGAAUGGAUGCAAGGACUGAACUUUGGUGAGCUCUAGCAGAUAUAAUUCCCUCUAUUUGUGAUGCUAUGAUGCAAAUGUUGUAGCUUAUAUUGUGAAAAUGGCACUACACACAUAUACGAGAGAGAGAGAGAGAGUGUUUUUAGCUGGCUUGGAGGAUUCCCAAGGUUUGGAGACGUAUACUAAUAUUAAGGGGAAAUCCCUGAAAUUGGGAUGUGAGGCAAAGACUGCCCAAUGGGGUCUGUGCAUCCUGACUUGCCAUAGAAUACUAAAUUCCUGUUGCAGUGGUAGAAAAAUCAUGUGCAAGAGGAAAUAAAAUGGGAGACAUGGGGGGCAUGUCUAACUGACUGGGAACAGUGAACAGAAGCCCUCCAUGCUGCAACCUUUUGUUUUUAAUAUGAUGCCCGCUAAUUUUGGAGUCAUUUUGCUCUUAAAAAGCAUAGCUGAAUGGGCAUCCCCACCCCCAAGAAUCAGACCUGUGUCAGAUUCACUCUCGAUUUAGGUCCUGCAUUGUGCCUGAAGCUGCCACAUGUCUUCCAAGGGAGACUCCGUUCCCCAUUAAUAGCUGCCUGUCAGUGAAUUUGGAUUAUCUUGGAAUCAAGGUACAAGGAUUGUGAAAGCUUCAUUAGUCCUAUUUCUGCUGCCUUGUGUGGUUGUUAAAAAGUGUAUCGUUCCCCAGCAUCUUAUUUCUCAAGGGGUACGGUGUACGCAUCCUCUUCUAUCUUCUAGUAUAGUAUUCCAUGGUAUUGUCAUGGAAUGUGAAAGUAAAAACAAAGGUGUGCAGAUAGAAAAGGGCAGGCCCAUUUAAACUAAGGGGGUGGAGAAAUUAUAGUGAAGCAGAGCUUAGUGAAGGGCACUAAAUGACACCUACCUACUGAAUUGUUCUAAAAAAAAUUGCUCCUGUAGCUGUACCAUGGCGUGAUUUGUGAAAAACCCAUCCGACAGAAGGCCUACCAAAUAGAGAUUAGCUGUUCCUUUACAAACUUUAUUUUUAAAAUAUGGUUUCAUUUAAGGUUUUUUUUCCAUAAUGCAUAGUGCCUGUUUCCCGCCCCGCCCCCAUAGUCCUUGUGUCAAAAUCAUGUUAAUGAUUACUUUUUUGUGAAUCUGUGUGCCCAGUUAAGAGGUUAAAAAAAAGCACUGUCGAAUGUACGUCUACAUUAACUUGCCAUUGUUUACCUUUGUAUUUUCAACUUUGCCUCUUUAUAACCAACAUGUAUUAUUACAUACAGUGAAGGAAAACUCUCAUACCUCAUUUGACAGACAUGUUUGGUUUCUUAAAUGGCGCUUUUCCAGAAAACAAGUCUUAAUUCCCUGGAAUAUAGCAGUGUUCUUCAAGUCCUGACACACUCACUCUCUUUUCUAACCAAUGCUAAAGACAAAGUCACUGAUUGCUAAGUUAAAUCAUUAGGAUUUAAGGAUCAGGGACUUAAAAAAGCAAUGCCAUAUCGAAAAAGAGGGGAGGGGGCAAAUACAGGAACCUUUUGAACUUGCUUAAUAAUUUUGUUUGAUAACACAGAAGUGCAUUAAAUAAAGCCAGUCUAAUAAUAUUUUGGUACAUCAGCUCCCUCGCAUAAAUCAUUUGCUAUCUAUCAUAUUGUGCAUUUCCAAAUUAGCCAAGAAACCUGUUUGGUGGAGACAGCAACUGUGUCUCUAUAUGGUGGUGUUAAGCAAAAUGGAGUGCAUACAGCAUCAUGAUUGCAAUCCUAAACACACUUACAGAGCAAUCAUAACCAGACCAGGGACAAUAGGAGCCUGAGAGCCAAAGCCCUAACCAGCCAGGAUGGAAAGCUGAAGAUGGGGUUGGGGUUUUUUUUUACAUUUUUUUGCUCUUCCACUGCCAAGGCUGGAAUAGCUGAGGAGCUUAAAACUAGGCUGCUGAGGGUUCUGCGGGCUUUGGAUCCCAAAGAUUCAAAGUUUCUGGCACCUUGCUUUGAAAUUCCCUGUUUCAGGACUUAUUGGCAGCAUACCAACCUCUGCUACAAAUGGACAUACACACAACAUAAGUGGACAGAGCCCUGCACUCUAUCUUAAAUUGCUAACUAAUGGGGAUGGGAUUGGAUUGCAGUCUAUGAAGACUCCAUGAAACACAGAGGGACUUACUUCUGAGUAAACAUGCACAGGUUUGUACUGUGAGGCAAUUUCAUACACAAAUAUUUGGCUUUGUGCCAUUACAGCAAAAUACCUAUUUUUAUGUGUUAUAUUUAAAUUUGGAGUUUAAUUCUUAAGGUCUUUCAGUGCACGAAAAUAUUUUGUUUUAUUGAAAAUCCAGAUCCCACCUGUGCUUUCCAAGCUGCUAUCUAAAAUUCUUACAAACUUGGACAGAUUUCGAAACAAGGGCUAGAACGAUAACAAGCAUAUUGGUGGCUAGAGGAAGUUUUUUAAUGUUACCAAUCACCCUUAAUUUUCAAUUCUGUAUUGUUUUAAAAGAGGGGAGGGGAAAAAACCUGCUCAGGUAUUUUAGGUUGUAAUGCUAUAACCACAUACCUGAGAGUAAGCCCCAUUAAAUUCAAUGGGUCCUACUUCUGUAUACAAUUGUAGUGUCGGCCACUUUAGUAUUUUCCAUGUAUUCAUUAACCAAAUAUACCUCUGUUUUCCCUUGUUAAAUAAAGCAGAUAUCUAAUCAGUAUUUGCCAAAUUAUGUAAAAUUAUACAGAUUCCAGCAUUUAUUACCACUAAACCUCUGGUGGUAAACUGGAUUAGGAAAUAGGUCUUUUUUUAAAAAAAAAAAUUCAAACAUUGUACAAAUGAAUAUGUUUUUCUUUUUCUUUUUACAUUUUCUGAUUAAAGCCUAUGUAACAUUUUAAGACAGUGGCCAAUGGCCGAAUGAUCAUUUCUCUCAGUAUUUCUUCAGUUGCAAUUGUUCCAUAUUUAUUUACUUUUUUUAUAAAAAAAAACUCCUACCAAAAGUGAAGUCUUAGUUAUUUUUAUUGUACUAAAUAAAUUUACCAAAGAAUUGUUUGCACUGUUAUGAAUGCUUCUCAGUUACAAUAAACAGGUCACAUUUUUUAAAAGA